AUGCAGUACGGGCCAAAACUACGAGACGCGACCGUGCCGCUAUUUGGACCAGGAACAGGUUGUCAAUGCGUUUAUGAAUACUUAGGUCCCCAGCAUCAUGCUGUAUGUGGAAUGAAGCCAGCUGGUGGAGCAAAAUUAAGGGAUGUGACUAUACCAAUCUUUGCACCUGGAACAGGUUGUCAAUGCGUUUAUGAAUAUUUGGGUCCUCAACAUCAUGCUGUAUGUGCGAUGCAUCAAAAACAAAAUACAACACAAACUCAAAACCAGGGUUGA